UGAAUGAGAACUCAGUCGAGCAGUGAAAAUAUGGCGGCGGGUACUAAGCGGGACACUUUCGUUCGUCGGUAGUACUGCGAAAUAUUUUUAGUAAAUUGAGUUGGAAAAAAUCGAUAGGGUCAUAAGUGGAUUAGGGAAAGAAAUAAACCUUUUAAAAGUGCAAUAGACAGCAUCGAGCGUGCACAGGCAAGGAAAUGGAAAAAGUGGAUCAAGGUCAGAACACCCCCUCAUCUGGGGGUUUAGAACCACCCGUUGUCGUGCGGCGAAAGCGCAAAGUCACUCGCCAGUUACGAGAAAAGACUCCUGAAGCAUCGAAAACAGCCCGAAGGCCAUCAGACGAGGGAAAUAGUAGUGUCGUAGAGCAACCCCCGGAAGUGCAAUCAGUUCAGUUACAAUUGCGUCCACCUUCACUUGCUCCCGGUUCGGUCGGUUCGCAUAAGAGUAAAAUUCUAAGUAGGAAAAAUAAAAGCUUCAGCGGUACAGCCGCGCGAAGCUCAUCGUCGCCGCGACAAGAGAACGGUACCCUUGCUCCAGAAACUUACGACUUUCUACGAGUUGCACGUCGUAGUCUGUCAUCGCCAAGACAUAAGGAAGAAUCAAGUGAAAGUGGGCGAUCAUCUCCACAUCCCUUGCAACCUAUUCUUCCACAACGAACAGUUGCCCCUAAAAUGCCGGAACCCAGCUCAAAGGAUAGUUCUCAAAUGGCUCCGGCGGAGCUAUCAUCUGAUUCGCAAACCACCAGCACAUCUAGGUUGGAAAAGAAUCUGAAAAGGUUCGAGGAAGAACGACGCAAGUUCGAAUUGGAGAAGAAAAAGUUUGAGCGCGAAAAACGAGAAUUGUCGAAAAUGCGUUACAAGCUUUUUGAUCCCGGUGAUCGCAGGUCAAUUGCGGAAACCUAUCGCAGGAUCAAUGAUCGACUUCAUCUUCCCAGUGAGACAAACGACAAACAAAUUCUGCUCGAUAAAUUUCUAGAGUCGCAGCAGAAAGCUGCCCUCGAAGCGAAACAAAACCCUAGACGUGGUUCUUUCGACGACGAGACGGAGGAAACUGAUCGCGAACCACCUUCUCCAAUUGAAUGCCCUGACUACGAAUCAUCAACAGCAACGAUUUCAGAAUCCGAACUCAGUGCUAUCGACGUCGACGAAACGGACGCGGAUGACGAAGAAAACCCGCAACCCACGAAACCUCGUGAAAAGCGGACAAACUUGAGCCACAGCUCAACCCCCACGUCCCUACGUAAUCGGCGGCCCAAGAGGCCGUCGCUUACAGAGCCCGCUGUUACUGACAUAGUUAAAUAUGAGGCUGGGAAAGAUAAGCCGCCUCCGAAAAAAGGAUUCUUUUCGCGGAUAUUUUCAAUAUUCAUGAUUAAGAAGAAACCGAAGGAAUUAGAAAAGCCAAAGGUAGCACCCGGUCCGAAAUUGCUAGCCGACCAAGCAAGACCCAGUAUGAUCAAAACAGUAUUCCGCCUGAUCUUCAUCGAAUCUCGUUCCGAAUGGAGGUGCUUAAAGGAUGACUACCCCGAACAAGUCCGUUACAUACGAUUACAACGGAAUAAGUGCAUUUCGCAUCUCAUUUCACUGUUCAUAAUUUGCGGGUUUGGAGGACUCUUGUUUCGGUUUAUUGAAGGAAACCUGGAAAACACAUAUAAAUGUGGAGUGGGACGAGUCAAGAGAGAUUUCAUCGACCAUCUCUGGUUGACGAGUCAUAAUUUAAGGGAGGAAGAUUGGAAAUCUCAAGCUCGAAUAAGACUGCGAAAGUUUGAGGAGGAACUGCAUGCAGCUCACGAGUCUGGAAUGACUUCGUACAGUGGAAAGAAAUCCUGGAAUUUCCUAAACAGUUUGAUAUACUGCUGGACCGUUUUAACAACUAUUGGUUAUGGUCAUAUAAGUCCAACAACAGUCGUGGGUCGAGCAAUAACCAUUGUCUACGCUAUCAUCGGUAUUCCAAUGUUUUUAAUUCUUUUGGCUGAUUUCGGUAAACUUUUCACACGCGGUAUAAAAUUCUUAUGGGUGUUUGUCAGGCGAUUAUACUAUACGGGGACAUUUCGAAAAAUCCGCAAGCAUCAGCACGUGCAGCAAAUGGUACAUGGUAUGAACAUCGUUUACGAAAUUGCAAUGCGCAGACCAACGCUCGCUAACUUAGGAAUUUUUGACCCUGAGAAAGGAGAGUCUGAAACAGCGAAGACACCUGGGACUCCCCAGUCGCAACAUGAUACACAUGGCUCCACUGCGGAGACGCCUACAUCUCCAGUGCCUGAGACAUUUUUAAUUGACGACGAAUUCAAUCUUCCCAUCUCGGUGGCAAUUGGGAUACUCCUUCUAUAUAUUUUCCUCGGAGCAGCAGUUUAUUGUAUCUGGGAAGACUGGACAUACUUCGAAUCCAUAUACUUUGUUUUCAUUUCCAUGUCUACCGUUGGUUUUGGCGAUUUCGUACCUCAGCAUCCGAUCUUCAUGAUGUGCAGCAUUGCAUACCUCAUAUUCGGCCUAGCCUUGACCUCUAUGUGUAUCAAUGUCGUCCAGGUCAAACUAAGCGACAGUUUCAAACAGGCUAGUGCAAAGAUUGGAGCCACAAUUGGUUUCGAAAUGUCGGAAGACGAAGCCAUGAGCACACAGAACCAGACGCCCACCGAAGUGCCAUCGAUUCCACCGUCCCCCAAAUUUGAACGCCCACCAACAGUAGCAUCAAACCCUGACCAAACUUUCAGGCAGUACACCACCGAUUCCCCUCCACCAUUGCCUCGAAGAUCUCCCGUAAAGCAGGGGACUGACAAGGAGAAGGAGAAAGAGAGUACUAAAACUAAAAAGAAUAAAAAGUAGAUUCUAAGAUACGUUUUCUCUAGGCUAAAUUUAUCUUAAGUUAUGUAAAAUACUUUUAAAAACGAAAAGUAAAUAUGCAAAGACGAUCGACAUAGUAAAUGUACAUAUGUGUGUGAAAGAAAUUUAUUUUGACUGGUGAUUUAUUUUCUACUCCAUUUACAGUACGGAUUAUCAAAAAUUGUACCAUCCUCAACUAACUAAUAUACAUAUGUAAUCUGACACUCCAAAUGGAUGCUCCAGAUAUUGUUACUAAUCUAAAUUUAGACUUUAUUUUCUACAGUUUGAGUUGAGUAUGUGUUUGUUAGAUAUUCGUUUCGUAGUAAUAUUUUAGACAUGAUGGGAUUUGGCUGUUAAGUAUUUUUAUGUAAAAAUGAGAAUAAUACAUUUCGAAAAUUGACUACACCUUUUAUGGCGAAAAAAGAAACAAACAAUGAAAAAUUAAUUCUAACGCAUUGUUUUUAUAUUCCAAUAUAAAUAUGGUAUGAAUAUUAAA